GAGGAAGCCGAAGCUCCGCCGCCCUGUCCCCGCUCCGGGCUGGGGAGCCGGGGGUCCCUCUCGGCUCCCGCCGGCAUGGAGGACAACGACUCGGACCCCGAGAUCCCCGUGGAUCCCGACGCCCAGGCCCGGGAGUACAUCGCCCGGGUGCUGGGCCCCGCGGGCGGCCCCUCGUCCGGCCCGCGGCCCGCGAAGCCCCGGGACGGCUUCCCCGGCGGGGCCCGGCCCCCGCCCGGCGACCUGCGGCCGGACCUCAAAAAAUCUCCGGUGGGCGAGGCCGCCCUGGCCGGCUCGGGCCUCCUGGGCCUCCCGCUGGAGCUGAUCCUGGAGAUUUUCUCCUACCUGGACGCCCGGCUGGUGCUGGACGUGCUGGCCCGGGUGUGCCGGACUCUGCGGGACAUCGUGCGGGACCAGAUCACCUGGCGUAUCCGGGUGCAGAAGCGCGUGGGCGGCGCCUACCCCGUGGUGGAAGAGGAGGACUUUGCCUGGCCCACCGCUUGCAUCCAACUGGAGGAGCACUUGGCGCACUGGGCAGAUGACGGGCAGCGUGCUGAACACUUCUGCCUGGCCGAGGGGCACUUUGCAUCUGUUGACUCCAUACUCCUCUUGCAGGGUGGGGAACUCUGCCUGUCAGGUUCCCGCGACCGCAAUGUCAACCUGUGGGACCUGAGGCAACUGGGCAGGGAGCCAGACCAGGUGUUGGUCAAAGCCUUGGGCACCCAGCGCAAUGGGACGCACAAGGGUUGGGUCUGGUCGCUCGACUCCCAAGAUAACCGGGUAUGUUCCGGCUCCUGGGACAGCACGGUGAAGUUGUGGGACAUGGAGGCCGGUGGGCAGCAGUUUGGGGAGAUCAGUGGAAAGGCCGCAGUGCUGUGUGUCUCCUACCAGCCUGACGUUCUGGUCACCGGCACCUAUGACAAGAAAGUGACCAUGUAUGACCCCCGAGCUGGCCAUGCCCUGUUGAAGAGCCGAAAGCUCCACUCGAGUGCAGUGCUGGCCUUGCUGGCCGACGACCGGCACAUCAUCUCGGGAAGCGAGGACCGAACCUUGGUGGUGUUUGACCGCCGUACCAACAGCGUCUUGCAGCGGCUGCAGCUAGAGUCCUAUCUACUGUGUAUGUCCUACCAAGGGCCACAGCUGUGGGCUGGAGACAACCAGGGGCUGCUUUAUGUGUUUGAGAACUGCGCCGGCCACUUCCAUCACAUCAGGUCCUUUGAUGUGGGCCACAGGUCGCAGAUCACCGGGAUCCAGCACACGCUUGGGGCCCUGUACACCACAUCCACCGACAAGACUAUCCGGAUCCAGGUCCCCACCGACCCUCCGCGGACCAUCUGCACCCGAACUCACCACAACGUGCUGAACGGGAUCUGUGCCGAAGGAAAUAUGGUGGUGGCCGCUUCGGGGGGCCUGUCCCUGGAGGUCUGGAGGCUGAAGCCCUGAAGAGUUACAGGGCACGCCUUCCCACCCCUGCUGAGCUGUCCCGUUGGGCAGUAGGAGAGAGGAGUCCCCUCAGGCUCAUCUCGGGUGCUCCUGCCCUGUGUCUGGGCCCUGCGUCUCAGUGGUUGUGUUCGGGAGAGGCUCCCCUCCUCUCCCUUUCCCCCUCCUCUCCUCCCCCAGAUUUAUCUAUCUCCGUGGCACUGCAGAAGGCUCGGGCUUCCCUGUUCCCCUUGGGCCCCGGAGAGCUGAGAACGUCUCCCCCAGAGGCCGGGGCCGGAUCCCCAGAGAUGGUGCUGUGGCAUGGCCACGAAGAGCAGAGACCCCAGGGACCAGCUUCUGGCACCCGGUCAGAAAGCCAAGUGGCAGGAGAGGGGUGCCCAGACCUCUCCCCAUUCUUCCCAACGCGCUUGACCCCCCCCCCCCCCACCCCCAACUGUUAUUUAUUUCUUGGACAUUCCCUCCUUGCUGGGCAGCCACAGGUAAAGCUCUUCAAAUAAAGUGGAUGGAAGCA